AAAAACAAAAGACAAAGUUCAUUUCCCGAAAACUAUAAAUACUCCAAUCUUUUUCUCUCCUCUUUCACUUUUCUUUUUGCCCUAGAAUUAAUAACACCCUCGAUUUACGCAGCCGCUCCAUUUCGUUUUCUCCUCCUCUUCUUCAUCGACAGAUACAAAAAAAAAAAGCCCCAAAUCAAUCGCACUCUUGUAGCUCACUUCAAUCCAUAAAUUUCUUUUGAUUUUUUAGUUUUCUUUAAAGCUCGAAUCGAACUAUCUGGGUUUGCUUUUAAAGGAGAUGAUGAUGAUGAGUUCGUCUCGCAGCUUCCGCGAUGUUUUCGAUUUGGGUUUGUGAUGGAUGGGUUAGAGGUUUCUUGUCCUGUGGAUGUUUCGUUGCCGGCUAAGCUUAUGGGAUCUGAAGGGUGUGGUGGUGGAGUUAGGGUUUCUUCUAAUAAUAAAGCAGAUAACAACUCUGACAAGGCUCGUGUCUCUAUUGGUGGUGCUGUUAAUUCUUCGAUUGAGCGUUGUAGUGCUUCAAUCAACAAGAAAGGAAGUAGCAGUGGGGCGUCAGAUUCAUCGUUAUGGCGCAAGUUAAUGCAUUCACACGACUUUGUACAUGAUAGGCUUACCAAACUUCGAGUUGAAAAUUCGUCCGAGCCUUCAAACGGUUAUUCACCAGUUGCCAGUCCAGAAAGUGCUGAGUCUCCUAGGAAAAGAGGAAAACUUUCGAGUAGUAGUAAUGGGACUUCGAGAAGGACUAAACUGAUACUUUUAGAUGACACUGUGAGCACACCAAGAGAUAACGACACCAAGGAGAUGUGUGGGCAACGGUCUACUACUUUCUUGGAUAAACCGUUAGUGGUGAAACAGCGGACCAGUUGUAACGGCAAGCGAGGUGAUAGGAGGAUUUCUAAAGUUCCCACGAGAACUUUUUCAACUACCAAUUUAGCGUCUGGCGAGAAUGCAUUUUUCGGUGCCUAUGGCCUGAAGCCUGCAAUAAAUGAUGUUACCAAACUCAUUGAAGAUUUGUCAUUGAAAAAUCUUCUUGAAGGCUCUUAUGAGUGCCCUUCUUUGGGAAAAGACAAGAUGAAGAAAUUGGAGAAUAUUAAUGACACUUUGCUCAGUGUGGUCAGAAAUGUUUGGUCCAUUGUACCAACUAGGAGGCCUGUUCAAUCACAAAGCUCUACAGAAUUAGAAACUUGUCUCAGCAGAACCUUGAGUUCACCACCCAGCUCUGUCUCUGCUUCACUACCAAAUGGUGAAAACACCGAUAAAGUAAACGCCCUGGAUGGAGAUCUAUCCUCAUCUUCCAAGGAUCUUUGUAUCAACUCUGAAAUUCUUUCCACUCCACUUAGUUUUCCAUUAUGCGACGCUAGUGAUGUAUUAAAAAGAUUAGGCCUUCCUCCGCCAAAAGAUUUAGACUCUCUGCUCCAAGAUGCAUCAAAACCUUCUCAGAACUCUAAAAACAACUCGGACCAGCAGCGUUCUGCUAAACAACUACCUCCUCGUAGUGGAUUGCCACAUUUCCCUUGGUCACAGGCUUUUAAUGGGAGCUCUAGAACCAACUCAGAAGCAGCAAAGCUUGUAACCGGCAAGACACUUUGUCAAGGACGAUGGCUAAGAAUACCCGACACUACUAUGGGUUCUACAGAGGGUAUAACUGAUAAUUUCGCCAAUCUGGAAUCACUCACUUUCAACCAAAACUUAGUCCCUCCACUACAGAAGCAAACUAUUGCUGGAACUAAGACCUGUCAAACAAUUUUCGGUAACACCACUUCGUGCCAGUGCCCAGAAGCAUCUGUUUCUACCCUUCCAAAAGUUUCCAUUGUUCCUAAAGAACCAGAGGGAUCCCGAGAUGUUCAAGAUGAUGCUCUUUCCUGUCCACAGCUACUAGCAGCUGCUCAAACGCUCUGUGACAUUGCAGUCCAAUCCGCAAACCACAACAACCCAAAUGGAAUCCUCAGAUGGCCGAAUAAGCUCUCUCAGAAAUCCAAGAAAGCCCGCAAAACCAAACUACUCGAAAAGCCUCCCGAAAGGCACAAGACAACUGUUUCCUCCUUCGAUCAUAACUCAAGCAACUACAACAAUAACAACAACCAUGUGAGAAAAGAUUCAGCCGCAGAGCAUAAUCAUCAACAUUAUCAUCUUAAGCCUUCAAAGAGACUGAAACUAUCAACAAUGGAGAACAAGAAAGGAACAUUCCCAAGCUCAUCAUCAUCCCCAAUAGAAUCACAUAGAAAACAUUCAUCUACAAGCAAAUUCAAGAAUCACUCCCGUUUGAUGCCGCCGCCUCCACCACCAACAAGAACACUCCAAAGGUCAUCCAUGUAUCCUCAUAAAGCUCGGAAAUUUCCAUGAACCGGAUGAACAUAAGAGUGGUGGAUCCAUAUAAACCAAUCUUGUUUACUCAAGAAACCGGUAGGAGUCAUUUGUAAAUAUGAAUGGUGUCACGGUGUAAGGUAAGUUCUUCUCUAUGUGCACAGUUUAGGUGCAGAGGACUAUAUAUACAUAUAUAUAGUUAUAUAUGUAUUGCCCUCAAUGUUGUAACGUUUUAUUUUCAGUUGUAGUUGUAGCCACACAGUUCUUGUAAGGUCUGUUGUGUUUAAAGUUUUCUGUUCUACGAGCCUAAUGAUGAAAAUUAAAAAUCUCAACUUCAGUG